AGAGUAUAUUAUAUUAUAUAUAUGCAGUAGUUUUCUGUUCAUCCCUCUCUUUGUUGGCGAAAGAAGAGAAAAGUCUGCUUUAACUCGCAGAGAGACGAAAUACAGAAGCUAUAGAAAAUCGAAGGCUUCCGUUAAUGGCAGUUACCUUUCCUUAAAACGUGCAGCGCCUGUGCUCGGAGUUUUAAUUAUGUUGCGGAAAUUGAAGUUGAUUUGGUGUUGAAGGGCUGCCAGCUGGGAAGGAGCUUUUAGUUACCGAAUUAAUUAAUUUAGAGGAUUAAAAAGGUCAGGAGUCCUUUGAUUUUACAAAGUCAAGUGCUGCUCAGGGGGUGAUCAUUUGAGCUUUUAGACCAACCUAUCCUUCAAGAUUCAGCGUCCUGGUUCAGGGGGCGACUUGCCCCAAGGCAGUGAGGACAUCCAUUUUCCUGUAGCUCGAAGGGUAAAUUCAUCUCAUAAAAUGAUGAUCGAUGACGAUGUUGAGACUGGUAAUUUGGGGCCUUACCAAGAAAGGCCAAGGAUUUUCCCCAACAUGCGAAGCAAACCCUAUAAUCCAUUGAUUUUUCGAGUGUUUAAGCGGAUAAAUGUUCGUGUUCUAUUUAUACUUCUGCUAUUGGGUUUUGGAGGGAUCUUUUACAUUGGAGCACGUACAUCUCCAAUCAUUGUGUUUGUCUUCACAGUUUGUAUCUUCAGCUUCAUCUUAUCUAUAUAUCUUACCAAAUGGGUACUCUCAAAGGAUGAGGGACCUCCUGAAAUGGUUCAGAUAUCAGAUGCAAUACGUGAUGGAGCAGAAGGCUUCUUUAGGACCCAGUAUAGUACUAUUUCUAAGAUGGCGCUGUUACUGGCGCUGGUGAUCCUCUGUAUAUAUCUGUUCCGCAGUACAACACCUCAACAAGAAUCUUCUGGCCUUGGAAGGUCAACAUCUGCAUAUAUCACUGUCGCUGCAUUCCUUUUGGGGGCUUUGUGUUCAGGUGUUGCAGGUUAUGUUGGGAUGUGGGUAUCGGUACGUGCAAAUGUUAGAGUUUCUAGUGCUGCAAGACGGUCAGCUAGAGAGGCAUUGCAGAUAGCUGUUCGUGCUGGUGGUUUCUCUGCAUUGGUGGUGGUUGGCAUGGCUGUGAUUGGCAUAGCCAUCCUUUAUGCUACAUUUUAUGUUUGGUUGGGUGUGGAUUCCCCUGGUUCAAUGAAAGUCACUGAUUUGCCUCUUCUUCUCGUGGGAUAUGGAUUUGGAGCUUCAUUUGUCGCACUGUUUGCUCAGUUGGGUGGUGGAAUAUUCACAAAAGCUGCAGAUGUUGGGGCUGAUCUUGUUGGAAAAGUGGAGCAGGGAAUACCUGAGGAUGAUCCUAGGAAUCCUGCAGUGAUUGCAGAUUUGGUUGGAGACAAUGUGGGUGAUUGUGCUGCUCGAGGUGCUGAUCUUUUUGAAAGUAUUGCAGCUGAAAUAAUCAGUGCCAUGAUACUUGGGGGAACCAUGGCGCAACGUUGCAAAAUUGAGGAUCCAUCUGGCUUCAUCUUGUUUCCUCUUGUUGUUCAUUCAUUUGACCUUGUCAUAUCUUCCGUUGGAAUUCUUUCAAUUAGGGGUACUCGUGAUUCUAGUGCGAAGUCUCCCAUGGAGGACCCAAUGGCAAUCCUUCAGAAAGGAUACUCUAUUACAAUAUUUCUGGCAGUUCUUACAUUUGUUGCGUCUACCUAUUGGAUGCUUUAUACAGAACAAGCACCUUCAGCAUGGAUUCACUUUGCAUUGUGUGGAUUGGUUGGAAUCAUCACAGCUUAUUUUUUUGUCUGGAUCACCAAGUACUAUACUGACUACAAGCAUGGGCCUGUACGUGCAUUGGCUCUUGCUAGCUCCACCGGUCAUGGGACUAACAUAAUUGCAGGAGUUAGUCUGGGCCUUGAAGCAACAGCUCUUCCUGUUCUUGUCAUUAGUGUAUCUAUAAUUUCAGCUUUUUGGCUGGGUAACACCUCAGGACUGGUGGAUGAGGCUGGAAAUCCAACUGGUGGGCUGUUUGGUACAGCUGUGGCCACAAUGGGAAUGCUCAGCACUGCUGCCUAUGUGCUUACUAUGGAUAUGUUUGGCCCUAUUGCUGACAAUGCUGGUGGAAUUGUAGAAAUGAGUCAGCAGCCCGAAAGUGUUCGGGAGAUUACUGAUGUUCUCGAUGCUGUUGGGAACACUACAAAAGCUACAACCAAAGGAUUUGCCAUUGGAUCUGCAGCCCUGGCAUCCUUCCUUCUGUUUAGUGCCUAUAUGGACGAGGUUGCUACAUUUGCUCGUGAACCUUUCACACAGGUUGAUAUUGCCAUUCCAGAAGUUUUUGUUGGUGGGUUAUUGGGUUCAAUGCUUAUUUUCUUAUUCAGUGCAUGGGCCUGCUCCGCAGUAGGCCGAACUGCUCAGGAGGUUGUUAAAGAAGUAAGAAGGCAAUUUAUUGAGAGGCCAGGUAUCAUGGACUACAAGGAGAAACCAGAUUAUGGUCGCUGUGUUGCUAUCGUUGCAUCUGCAUCUCUGAGAGAGAUGAUAAAACCUGGUGCCUUGGCUAUUAUAUCUCCUAUGGUUGUUGGUGUUGUGUUUCGUAUCCUGGGGUACUACACAGGACAAUCUCUACUAGGGGCUAAAGUUGUUGCUGCCAUGCUGAUGUUUGCAACAGUUUCUGGUAUUCUCAUGGCUCUUUUCCUGAACACGGCAGGUGGUGCAUGGGAUAAUGCAAAGAAGUACAUCGAGACAGGUGCAUAUGGAGGCAAAGGGAGUGACUGUCAUAAAGCAGCAGUUACUGGAGAUACUGUGGGUGACCCAUUCAAAGAUACUGCUGGACCUUCAAUCCAUGUCCUCAUAAAAAUGUUGGCGACAAUAACGCUUGUGAUGGCACCAGUGUUUCUGUGAGAGUUGUUGAUAUCUUUUGCGGUUUAAUCAGGAGAAUAUACAAAUGCAGCAAGCACCUAGCAGCAGCCAUCACCAUGGAGUGGUUAGAUAUUUUUUGCAAAUACACUGAUGAUGUAUAUCAAGGGUGCCCUCGUGAUUAGCGACAAUGGAUUCUUUUUCCUGUUUCUUAACCUUCUGAAUAAGAGGUGAGAUAUGUUAGCAGAGAGUGCACGUUUUAAGCUCCAAGUAAAUACGACAAUUUGUUUUUUUUGGUUUGAUUAGGGUACUCACGUCCAUAUAUACAGAUGAUCAUUAACUGCUAAUUAAGGAUUUUUCACUA